AUACACCACGCGGAUCGUGCUGGCUCUCACCCCAAGGCCGGCCUUGUGGCCUGGCAGUACCUAUAAUCUCGCAUCACUCCCUUGACUCCCUGUGAGGGGCACUAUACAACCAUGGAGCGAAACAUCGACAUCUACGCCGCCAAACUCGGCGAUGAGAAGCUCGAUAUCAAGUUACGAGCCAACGUCGCCGUCGAACUACGAGACAGCAUAGAACCGCUAUGCUCCGGCGCAAGCUAUCCCAUCUUCCUUUCCAAGUUAUGGCCCGUGUUCAAGAACAUCUUGAAGGGCGAACCGGUCUUCACAAACUUGUCCUUCGAGCAGAAAUUACGGAACUAUAUCCUCGAGACGCUACACAGACUGCCAAUGGCAUCUCCCGAUGUUGAACCGUACGCCGCUGAUAUGGUCGACUUGUUGAUGGAUCUCGUCCGAAUUGAAAAUGAAGAAAACGCGGUGCUCUGCAUGAAGACGAUUAUGGACCUGGAGAGGAAUCAAGCCAAGGCAACAGCAGCACGAGUCCAGCCCUUCCUGGCCCUAAUCCAAGAGAUGUUCCAGAUGAUGGAGCAGGUGGUACGCGACACGUUUGACACGCCGAAUCAAGCUACUCCCUCCGGAAUGCCUUCAACGCCGAGUGCCACGGCCCAGAACUUCCAAUCGCCCCGACCAAGCUCGCCAGCCACUUCCGUCUCAGAUCUCGGACCGGACCAACAGGCCAACAAUAUUCUCCUGCGCGGUAUGCAGUCGUUCAAGGUCCUUGCGGAAUGUCCAAUCAUUGUCGUCUCGAUCUUUCAGACCCACCGGAACUCGGUCGCAGCGAAUGUCAAGCUCUUCGUGCCAUUGAUCAAGAGCAUUCUUCUCCUUCAAGCUAAGCCACAGGAGCGGGCGCACGCAGAGGCCGCAGCCCAAGGAACGAUAUUCACCGGUGUUUGCAAGGAGAUCAAGAAUCGGGCUGCGUUUGGUGAAUUCAUUACGGCACAGGUUAAGACGAUGAGCUUUUUGGCGUACUUGCUCCGCAUGUAUGCCCAACAGCUCCAGGACUUCCUCCCAACUCUCCCUUCAGUCGUGGUUCGACUGCUGCAGGACUGCCCUCGGGAGAAGUCAAGCGCUAGGAAAGAACUACUGGUCGCCAUUCGUCACAUCAUCAACUUCAACUACCGCAAGAUCUUUCUGGAGAAGAUUGACGAGCUUCUUGACGAACGGACUCUCAUUGGCGACGGACUUACUGUCUAUGAGACAAUGAGGCCUCUUGCCUACAGCAUGCUCGCUGACUUGAUUCACCAUGUGCGAGACCAUCUGACUCGGGACCAAAUUCGACGGACUGUCGAGGUUUACACCAAGAACAUGCAUGACGAUUUCCCGGGAACGAGCUUCCAGACUAUGAGCGCUAAGCUGUUGCUGAACAUGGCUGAGCGCAUCGCCAAGCUUGAAGACAAGCGAGAAGCCCGGUACUUCUUGAUCAUGAUUCUGGAUGCCAUUGGUGACAAAUUCGCCUCAAUGAACUAUCAAUUUAACAAUGCUGUUAAAGUCUCAAAGAUGUACAAAGAAACCAAGAAGGAUCUGGAGCCUUCCGCAGAGAAGUAUCUCGCGGAGAAAGAGUUCCCUCCUGACUGGGAUGAGAUUGAUAUCUUCUCGGCUUCGCCAAUCAAGACAUCUAACCCUCGUGAUCGCGGCGGCGAUCCGGUGUCAGACAACAUUUUCCUUUUCAAGAAUCUUAUAAAUGGCUUGAAAACCAUAUUUCAUCAGCUCAAGAAUUGCAAUCCGGAGCAUAUUCAAAUAGAUCCAAACAGCGUGCCGAUCAACUGGUCCGAAGUCUCCUAUGGAUAUAAUGCUGAGGAAGUGCGCGUCAUCAAGAAGCUGUUCCAUGAGGGAGCACGAGUAUUCAGAUAUUACGGGGUCGACCAGUCACCACCGGAGGUCAACUACUCGUCUCCCUUCGACUUCCUUGCCAGUCAAUACACGGCUCCAAUGUCACGGGAGGAGAAAGAGCUCCUGGAGAGCUUCGGCACUGUCUUCCACUGCAUUGAUACCGCUACAUUUCACGAAGUCUUCCAUUCCGAAAUACCAUACCUUCAUGAGCUUAUGUUUGAACAUGGCGCUUUGCUUCACCUGCCUCAGUUCUUCUUGGCUAGUGAAGCUACCUCCCCUGCUUUCUCGGGGAUGGUAUUACAGUACCUCAUGGACCGCAUACACGAAGUGGGCACUUCUGACAUGACUAAAGCAAAGAUUCUGCUUAGGAUGUUCAAGCUUUCCUUCAUGGCAGUCACUCUGUUUUCCGUCCAGAACGAGCAGGUCUUGCACCCACAUGUGACCAAGAUUGUCACCAAGUGCAUAGAGCUCUCGGUCACUGCCGAGGAACCCAUGAAUUAUUUCUUGCUGCUGCGGUCGCUCUUCCGUAGCAUUGGAGGUGGUCGCUUCGAGCUCUUAUACAAGGAGAUCCUGCCUUUGCUAGAAAUGCUGCUUGAGACAUUCAACAACCUUUUGGUGGCUGCUCGGAAGCCACAAGAGCGUGAUCUAUACGUGGAGCUUACGCUCACAGUACCAGCGCGUUUGAGCCAUCUUUUGCCACAUCUCAGCUAUCUCAUGCGUCCUAUUGUGGUGGCCCUGCGUGCGGACUCGGAUCUCGUCGGUCAGGGUCUCAGAACCCUCGAAUUAUGCGUGGACAACCUUACUGCCGAUUAUCUGGACCCUAUCAUGGCUCCUAUAAUGGAUGAUCUCAUGACAGCAUUGUGGGACCACUUGCGCCCGCAUCCCUACAACCAUUUCCAUGCCCACACGACCAUGCGCAUCCUAGGCAAGCUUGGUGGUCGCAACCGCAAGUUCCUCAACCACCCUCCGGACCUCACCUUCGAACAAUUCGCCGAUGAUGCACCAAGUUUUGACAUCAAACUUAUAGGGCCCAGCGAGAAGCGGCCGUUCCCAAUCGAUAUCGGUCUGGACCUGGCAAUCGCCAAGUUGAUGGAAGUUGCCAAGAACGAAUCAGGGCAGGCCUCUGACAACUACUAUAAGCAGCAGGCAUUCCGCAUGGUCUCGUCGCAGCUCAAGCUCUACAUUGGUUACGAGAAUCUUCCCGAGGAUCUGGCCUCACUUAUUCGUCUGCACGCAAAUGAUUUGUUUGACAGCAAGACCACUUCCAUGGCUGAUGUAUUAGAGAAGUCAGAGCGCUCGAGCUCUAUUCCCAAGAAACUAGGCCAAGAAGCUUCCCUGAAGAAACUUCUCAAGGCAUGUAUCUACGCCACUACCAUCCCGGAGUUAGAGCAGUCCGCAACGGCUUUUGUCGCGGAUGUCUGCAAGCACUUCGCCGUCGUGGAGGUUGGUCGCGCACUUGCCCAAGCUCGGCAUACCCGCAAGCCAUUCGACGUAAAUAGUGGCGAGGGUCCCGUGUAUCUCGACUCACGCGUCCUGGCCGAAGCAGUCGUCGAGUCGCUUUCGUCCGACAAUGCGCAGGUUCGCGAGGGAGCCGAGGCGGCCAUGCAAGUGAUGAAAGACGCUGCCGCCAUCAUCUUUGGUGCCCCAGAGCGAGUGGCCAAGCUGCCGUUCUUUCAACAUCUCGGGCGCGUGUUCUGUCACAGCUGUCAUAGCGAGGAGUGGUUUACUAAAGCCGGAGGAAGCUUCGGUAUCCAUCUAUUCGCGACUAAGCUUGAUCUGGGAGAUGCAUGGCUUCUUGACAAACAGGUCGACUUUGUCAGGGCGCUCAUGUAUGUCAUCAAGGACACUCCAGCUGACUUGCCAGCCAGUACGCGAGUCAGGGCCCAAGAAACGCUGGACUUGAUUCUGCGCAGAUGCUGCAAGAGCUUGUCCCUCGAGGACCUCAAAACCGAGAAGAGCCGCUUGUAUUCUUUGUGCGGUCACUUCGUUUACGAAUUGUCUCACAUGAACAAGCAGGUUCGUGAGACCUCGCGGCGUAGUUUCUCCACCGUUUCCGAAGUCCUGGGGUGCCAAAUCCACGAGCUUAUCCUGCCGGUCAAGGAGCGUCUCUUGCAAUCUAUCUUCAACAAGCCUCUGCGAGCGCUACCAUUUCCCAUUCAGAUCGGCUUCAUCGACGCUAUCACCUACUGUCUCAGCCUUCAUAACAACAUUGUCACGUUCAAUGACCCUCUCAACAGGCUUAUGUUGGAAUCGCUUGCUCUGGCCGACGCCGAUGACGAAUCCCUGGCCUCCAAACCCAACGAGUUCAAGAACGCGGAGAUGAUCGUCAAUCUGCGUGUCGCCUGUCUCCGUCUUCUGUCCAUGGCAAUGAGCUUCCAAGAAUUUGGCAACGCUCCGCAGAAUUCUAGCCGUGCUCGCAUAAUCUCGGUCUUCUUCAAGUCGCUCUAUUCUAGGUCGCCUGAGGUCAUUGAAGCCGCAAAUGCAGGACUUCGAGACGUUUUGACGCAGACCAACAAAUUGCCAAAAGACCUUCUCCAGAAUGGUCUCCGUCCCAUCUUGAUGAACCUGCAGGACCCGAAACGCCUGAGUGUCGCUGGGCUUGAUGGACUUGCACGCUUGCUUACGCUGUUGACAAAUUACUUCAAGGUUGAAAUCGGCGCACGUCUUCUGGACCAUAUGAAAGUCAUUGCGGAUGAGGCGACACUGCAGAAGGUAUCCUUCAGCCUCGUUGAACAGAGUCCACCGAUGAAGAUUGUCGCCGCCAUAUUCAAUAUCUUUCACCUUCUUCCUCCGGCAGCUACGUCCUUCAUGGAUCACCUUGUGAACAAAGUCCUGGACCUCGAGGAGAAACUGCGCAGGACUUCCAACAGUCCUUUCAGAAAACCACUGGUGAAGUAUAUAAACCGCUACCCCAAGGAGAGUUUGACAUUCUUUCUGGCUCGGUUCAAGGAUGAGAGAUUCGGCCGUUUCUUCGGUCAGGUUUUGGCUGAUCCUGAAAGCGAGCCACUUCGCUCUGCGGUUGUCGCAGAUACCGAAGGCUUCCUAACGGCAGCCUUUGCACAGGAAGGAACUGAUGGCAGGAACACUGCUGGGAUCAACGGCAUCUACGUCGCCCACUCAAUCUGCACAUUUGAAGCAACCAAACGCUGGUUGGUGUCUCAAGCAGACUUGAGGACAAAGCUUUUGAGCACGGGACGCGACCUUGCCCGGAAGCUGCGCAAUGACAAGCUUCCCAUCAAUGAGCGACUGAGGGUAGAGCAGGCUGAGGACCAACUGAUGGACAUUUUCACCAAUUACCUCUCUGAAUCGGUGCAAGAUCUGGACUUCCUGUUUGAGAUCAUUGAUGGCCUUUCAGCCGAGGAACUCAAGCGGACGCUGGCUCUUCCCAGGUUCAUCUACCGGCACAUCAUCACGAAUGAGUCCAUUGAUUAUCGUCGCUCCGUUAUCAUGCGGUGCCUGGACUUGUACAGCCAGCGUUCAUGCUCUCAGAAGAUGAAAACAUAUGCUUUCCGUCAUCUGGUCAAUCCCAUCUUCGCCAUGGAUGUUCAAACGACAUGGAACAGCCCUCCAAACAGCCCCAAGCUCAUGGACAGAAGUAUGACUGAGUUCAUUCAGAGUCGGUUGUGGAAGCCUCAACUAGCUGAUUUAAGUGAGGAAUCCAACCAGGCUGGUGUCGAUCAUUCUCGCAUGGAGCUCCUUCAGCUGUCAGCAUUGUUGAUCAAAUACCAUCAUCAGACCGUGCAGGAUUCGCGCAAGGAUAUCAUCAAGUUUGCCUGGAACUAUAUCCGUCUUGAAGAUAUCAUCAACAAGUACGGAGCAUAUGUUCUCAUCAGCUACUUCAUUGCUCACUACGAGACUCCCUUCAAGAUUGUUGUACAAGUUUAUGUGGCUUUGCUCCGAGCUCAUCAGAACGAGGGCAAGGCACUUGUUACGCAGGCUUUGGAUGUUCUGGCUCCAGUCUUGCCAACUAGGAUUCUGUCGGCAAGCGGCAACCAAGGCCCGGACUUUCGCUAUCCUCUGUGGGCGAAAUGGCCUCGGCGCAUUCUAGCAGAAGAAACCGCAAACCUGCAGCAAGUGAUGAGCAUUUUCCAGUUCCUCGUCCGUCAUCCGGAUCUCUUCUAUGAGUCAAGAGAGCACUUUGUUCCACUCAUUGUGCCUUCUCUCUCAAAGAUAGCCGCCCCUGCCAGUCCGUCUAAUGAGGGCAAAAAACUUGCUUUGAAUCUCAUUAGUCUUAUCUGGCACUGGGAGGAGAAGCGUGCUAAGGCAAGUCAGAUUACCUUGUCGAACGGCGUCCUUGAGUCACCCAACGCAAAGAAGCGUAAGCUGGAUGAGGGCCAGCGCACUUCAUCCCCUUCCCCUGCGCUUGUACCUCCGCCUUCUCGUGAUCGCUCAGAUUACGCAGUCUCGGCUGAUUUCAGAGCUUCCUUAACCAAAUACCUUAUCACUUUCAUCACGACUAUCCCCGAGAGAUUUCCUGUCCCGGCUGCUCGUAUUCGGGAACUGCCGUCGUCCAAGGCCCCACCCGUACCAACAGGCGAGAUGGUGAAGAAGGCCGUUUUUCUGCUUAGGAACCUCCUUUCUCCAGAGUAUUGGGGUGACUUGGAUGUUGAGCUGUAUCAGAAGGCGACAGAGCCUAUCCUCGCUGGCGAGAAGGCCGAUAAGCCUGAUGAGAAGCAUAUCACGAGUAUGAUAAAUGCUCUACAAGUUGUGCGGAUUCUGUUGGCAUCCAAGCCCGAUGACUGGAUUGUUGCGCGUGUGCAGAGUAUCCAGAAGCUGUUUGAGAAGCCUUUGCGGUCAGACAAUCCGGAGAUCCAGGACUGCCUUCAUGGUCUUGAAGAUGACAUGGACAUCUCUCCCAAACUCGAGCCCCCAAUCAGGCGUGUUCUCAAUGCUUUACCGGAUGAUCAGCCCGAGGAGGAGGAUGCAAUGGAUGUCGAAAAUUCACCUUCCGAGUUUGUCACUUAUCUGUCAACUAUUGCGACUGAAACGCUCUCGGCGAACAACUAUGUUUCGAGUCUCAAUAUCUUGUGGACCCUCUCAAAGAACAAGCCGGCCGAGAUGGAUACUCAUAUUCCUCAGGUUAUGAAGGCAUUCUCCCAGAAAUUAGCCAAGGAACAUGUUGCAGCUUCGACCGCGAACCAAGGUCAAUACCCGCCUGGAUCAAAGCCACCGGAAGGAGUGCCAGAACAGCAAGAGUAUGAGAUUGGCGUUGACUUGAUCUUCAAGACAAUCGAAUUGGUUUCUGUGCGCAUGUCUCACCUCGGAGAGCAGAGACGACCUUUCUUGAGUGUCCUGGCGCAAUUAGUUGAGCGAUCGCAGAACAUUAAGCUUUGCAGCAAGGUCCUUGGUAUGGUGGAGACUUGGAUCUUCCAUUCAACUGAGUCGUGGCCCACGCUGAAGGAAAAGACGGCUGUUUUGCACAAGAUGCUGCUCUUUGAAUCUCGUACCGAUCAGACGAUGCUGAAGAAGUUCCUCGAUCUUGUCAUCAGGAUCUACGAAGACUCCAAGAUCACUCGCACUGAAUUGACAGUGAGACUGGAGCACGCUUUCUUGAUUGGCACCAGAGCUCAAGAUGUUGAAAUGCGCAAUCGCUUCAUGACGAUCUUCGACCGCAGUUUAACUCGCCUGGCCAGCUCUCGACUCAGCUAUGUGUUGACUUGCCAGAACUGGGAUACCCUUGCUGAUUCUUUCUGGUUGGCGCAAGCCUCACAUCUGGUAUUAGGCUGCGUGGAUAUGGCAUCUUCGGCCAGGUUGCACCCCGAUGAUUUCACUGUCUAUCCUGUGUCUUUUCUCUUUGGCAAUGCUGAAAAGGAUCCUCGUAAAGCUGAUAUUAUGAUCGACACACAAUUAGAGGCCUUCGUCACCGACCGCAAGCGAUUCGUUGCAGAUAUUGGUGAUGUGAAGGCUCGCGACCUGGUGGAGCCUUUGGUUCAGCUUCAGCACACUGAUCCUAAUGUGUCCUACAAGCUCUGGACCACGCUCUUCCCCAUUUUCUGGUCUACACUUUCGAGGGAAGAUCGCAUCGAUCUUGAGAAGGGAGUGGUGACGCUCAUUACUCGGGAGUACCAUCAAAGACAGCUGGAUAAGCGACCGAACGUUGUGCAAGCAUUGCUUGAGGGCGUUGUCCGAGCACGCCCGCGGUUCAAGGUUCCUCCUCACGUUAUGAAGUAUCUGAGCCGAACCUACGAUGCCUGGUAUACUGCCGCUACGUACCUGGAGGAGUCAGCCAUCAGCCCCAUCAUUGACACUCCUACUGUCCGUGAAAGUAAUCUGGAUGCUUUGGUCGAAGUAUACGCUGGUCUGCAGGAAGACGAUUUCUUCUACGGCACAUGGAGGCGUCGUUGCAAGUUUGUCGAAACCAAUGCUGCUCUUUCGUACGAGCAACAAGGCAUGUGGGAUAAGGCUCAGCAACUCUACGAAAAUGCCCAGAUCAAAGCUCGCUCUGGAGCCAUGCCUUUCUCACAAGGCGAGUACUACUUGUGGGAGGACCACUGGUUGAUCUGCGCACAGAAGUUGCAGCAAUGGGAAGUCCUGAGCGAUUUCGCCAAGCAUGAGAACUUGAACGACCUUCUCCUGGAGUCUGCUUGGAGAAACAUCGAGAAUUGGCAGAGCGAGGGCAGUAGGGAGCAGCUCGAAUCGCUGAUCAAGUCUGUCUCCGAUGCACCCACUCCGAGACGCACAUUCUUCCAGUCCUUCAUGGCGUUGCUUCAGUUCCAUAUCAAGAAGGAGAAUAUUCAGGACUUUAACGGCGUUUGUGAUGAGUCUAUCCAGCUGUCCAUCCGGAAAUGGCUCCAAUUACCCAAGAGAAUCACCAAUGCUCACAUCCCGAUUCUGCAGCACUUCCAGCUUUUGGUCGAACUGCACGAUGCCAGCCAUAUCUGCGCUAGCCUGUCUCAGACAAACGAACGCAAUCUGGACACGAAGUCUGCCGAGCUUAAGUUGCUGCUGGCAACGUGGAGAGAUCGUCUGCCCAAUCUGUGGGAUGAUAUCAAUGCUUGGCAAGACCUCGUUACUUGGCGACAGCACAUCUUCCAGCUUAUCAACGCGACUUAUCUGAGUUUAUUGCCACCCCAGACGAAUAAUGUGGCUAGUAACUCAUACGCCUAUCGCGGGUACCAUGAGACGGCAUGGAUCAUCAACCGUUUUGCUCAUGUCGCUCGUAAGCAUCAGAUGCCCGAGGUGUGCAUCAACCAGCUUAGCCGCAUCUACACACUUCCGAACAUCGAGAUUCAGGAGGCAUUCUUGAAGCUUCGUGAGCAAGCCAAGUGCCAUUAUCAGAAUCCGAAGGAAUUGAACAGUGGGUUGGAUGUGAUCAACAACACCAACCUCAACUACUUCGGUGCGCAACAAAAAGCAGAGUUCUACACGCUCAAGGGUAUGUUCCUUGCCAAGCUCAACCACGUCAAUGAGGCAAAUGAGGCGUUUGGUGUUGCGUUGUACUACGAAUUGAGACUCGCAAAAGCGUGGUCUGAGUGGGGUCAGUAUAGUGACCAGCGGUUUAAGGCCGACCCAUCGGACUACGAGCUUGCAAGCAACGCCGUGAGCUGCUAUCUAGAAGCUGCCGGCCUUUACAAGAAUGCUAAAUCUCGGAAGCUGCUGAGUCGCAUUCUUUGGCUUCUGAGCCUGGACAAUGAAGAAGGUCAGAUUGCUCGAGCUUUUGAGAACUUCAAGGGUGAUACGCCGGUCUGGUACUGGAUUACCUUUAUUCCGCAGCUUCUCACCAGUCUUUCGCACCGUGAAGCGCGGCUGUGCAAGGCUGUUCUGGUCAAGAUCGCGAAACUGUUCCCACAGGCUCUCUUCUUCUUGCUUCGUACGAACAGGGAAGAUAUGCUCAACAUCAAGAAACAGCAUGACUCGAAGCAGGAGAAGAUCAUCCGCACUCGGGCCCACGGCCAACAACAGCAACAAUCGUCACCUCUGGCCAAGACCGCACCGACAAGCACCGACGCCUCGCCUGCUCAAAACGUUCAGCCGAGCAACACUGGUCCCAGUCCAGCACAACCAAAUGGUCAGCAAGGCACCCCUCAGCAGGUAAACAAUCAAGCUCAGCCCCAUCCCGCAGGGGUCAACCAGGGCCAGCCUGCGAACCCAGCACAGAUUAAGAAUCCGAACAUGCCACAGCAGGUGCCCGGCCAAGGCCAGAUGCAGCAACCUCAGGGUCAGACCCAGGCUCCCGCACCGAUGCAGAACCAGGCACCAAAUCCAGGACAACCUCCAAUGCAGCCGCAGCAGCAGCCUCAGGUGCAGCAGCAACAGGGGCACCUCCAAGUUCCCGGUCAGAACGGUGUUCCUCAGCCGAACGCUAAGCCCCCUGGCACAGAGAUCGAGAAGGAACCUCUCAAGAAGCCGUGGGAGUAUUCCGAUGAGAUCAUGUCCGGCCUCAAGACAGCAUUCCCUCUGCUUGCUCUGUCCAUGGAAACUAUGGUCGAUCAGAUUCACAAGAACUUCAAAUGCCCUCCUGAUGAGGAUGCGUACCGUCUCAUUGUUGCCUUGUUGAACGACGGUCUGGCGUACGUUGGUCGGAUGCCUGGCUCAUAUGCGCAAGACUUCAAGUUACCGUCUGCCACCGAGGCGAAUAUUACUCGGUUCGCAGAGACUAUCCUCCCAGCACAUAUCCGCAAGUCCUUCGAAGCCGACUUUGUUGUCAAGAAACCAACGAUGUACGAGUACAUCCACAAGCUUCGCCGUUGGCGUGAUAAGUUCGAAGAGAAGCUGGACCGUCGACCCCAGAAUCAGUUCCUGGAGACUUAUUCUCCACACCUCAGCGAGUUCCGGUUCCUCAAAUUCGACGAGGUUGAGGUCCCAGGCCAGUAUCUGCUCCACAAGGAUAAGAAUCAGGACUUUGUUCGCAUCGAUCGGUUCUUGCCAGACAUUGACCUUGUACGCGGCAUCGGUGUCUGCCACCGCCGGCUGAAGAUUAGGGGCCAUGAUGGAAGCGUACACGCCUUCGCCGUGCAGCACCCAGCUGCGCGACACUGUAGGCGAGAGGAGCGUAUUCUGCAAUUGUUCCGCAUCUUCAACGGGAUCCUGGGCAAGCGCAAGGAGAGCCGCCGGCGGAACUUGUACUUCCAUCUGCCACUCAUGGUUCCAUUGGCCCCCCACAUCCGCUUGGUUCGCGAUGAUCCUUCCUACAUCUCUAUGCAAGGCAUCUAUGAGGACUACUGCCGACGGGUUGGCAUAAAUAAGGACGAGCCUGUUCUCUUCACAAUGGAGAAGAUGAGAUCAUUGGCGGAAACGAAACAGAAUCGUACACCCGACCAGCAGCAGGUGCUCCGAACUGAGAUGCUCACGGCUAUUCAGGAGAAGUGGGUUCCUAGCAACGUUGUGCUCGACUAUUUCCAGAGGAUUUAUCCGAACUUCUCGGACUUCUGGCUCUUCCGCCGGCAAUUCGCCUAUCAGUACGCGGCGAUCGCUUUCAUGACAUAUGUCAUGCACAUGGGCAACCGUUACCCCAACAAGAUCAUGAUUUCGAGACAGACAGGCGACAUCUGGGGCUCGGAGCUCAUUCCCACCAUCAACCCGGCCAAGGCGUUCUUCUACAACCCGGAGCAGGUACCGUUCCGGUUCACGCCCAACAUCCAGACCUUGCUGGGACCAAUCGCAACCGAGGGUCUCUUUGCCUGUGCACUGAUGGCGAUUGCACGGUGCCUCACAGAGCCACGACACGAACUGGAACAGCAGCUGAGUGUUUUCGUCCGUGAUGAGAUGAUGUUCUGGGCUACCGCGCAGCACCGUGGAGCUUUGCCACCGCCUCAGCUUCGCGAUCUGGUCUAUAACAACAGCGACAUCAUUGUCAACCGGGCAGUCAGUCUGGCUAGUCCUCCGGAGGGCAAUCUGCCUGCCAACCAAACCACCAUCGACCUCAUCUCCAAGGCCGUCAACCCCCAACACCUUGCCUCGUGUGAUGCUUUGUGGAUGGCAUACCUCUGAUUUGUUUUUCUCUUGCGGCGUUCUGUUUAGUUUUCAUUCAUGGUUUGCGGAAGAGGCUUACGGGUCUGCUAAGUCAAAUGGGAGUUUCCAUUCUAGCGUGGCGCUUCGGGGCGCAGUCUAUGUGACAUGGUUACGAUAUCUGAUAGCUUUUGUUGUCAUCGUUUGCGCUGUUUGUUGUAU